UGGACAUGGUUCCGUGCACGGAGCUUACUGGCCAGACUGACAGCAACGGCUGCUUUUCCAGAGAGGUGGAGAUGGCUCGCUUAGUGCGGACCGACUCUGGCUAUGGGAUGAUCCUGCAAGCCAAGGCGUCUCUCAUGGAGGAGGGGACAGGUGGGACUGAAAUCAAGCACACAUGCACGCCCCCAGGCAGCCCCCAGCACUGAACCCCCAGGGGCAGAGGGGUCUCACUUGAACAUAUGGUCAUGUCAUUUGUAGCCCAGCUGCUUUAGAGAUGGGCCCAGAGGUAGCGUUGGGAGGUUGGAUCUGGAGUUCUGGUUCAGCCCAUCACUGGGAUCGAUCCCUCAUGAGGAGUUCAGACCUUGGCACGUUCACGCAAAGACUAAACACCCUCCCGCGAGUGGCCUCUGGCUGUGCACUGAGCUGGCAGAGCGGAGUGAAGGCCCAGCCUGUGUCGCUGGGCCCUGAGUCAUGGCCUCAGUGACGUUAGCGCUUAGCGUUCAAAACUGCAAGUGCUAAUCGCUUAGCAACGAACCCAGAUAACUCCACAUUUAGCCCAGAAGAAUCCUGAUUUCCAGAGCGGCCGACACCCAUUUGGCUGAAAACUGUAACUGUGGGAUGGCUACAACGUUACCCUCGGGUGCUGACAUCAGCGAUGGUGAAGUGGCUGGAGGAGAGCGGGUCCAGAACGGCAAUGGGUCACUGGGCACUUCUGAAAAUGGCCCUUUCUGGGGGCAGGCCCUGUGCCAAGAGGCCUGUGUGCAGGGUCAGCUCUGGGGCACUUCAGUAAGGAGCUGUCUGCUGGGGAAAGGGCUGCAGAGCCAGGAGACCCUGCUGGCAAAUGUCAAGUGGCUGGCUUGGGAUUAAGCCCCAGGGGAAGGUGGAUCUAAAUUUUCUAGUUCUUCUUCGAGUGAUUGCUCCUGUGUAUUCCACAGUAGGUGUGUGCGCUCGCCACGUGCACCGGUGCCAGAAGUUUUUCCCUUAGCAGUACCCCUAGGAGGGGAGCACUGCUGCGACCUCUGGAGUGGCACCUCUAUAUCGCGCUAUAAGGGGAGCUGCGCACUCCCCCCACCCUCAGUUCCUUCUUGCCACCAGUGAAGGUAGUUGGAACUUUGUGCUCCAGCCUUGCUGUAGCCCUUCCAGUAGUCUUAGUAGUACUCAUCAUCUCCAUAGUUGGAUAACUUCUUUAGUUAGUUGCCUGGUGCGGGGCAUGCCCCGUGCCCCAGGCUUCAAGUCGUGCGACUCCUGUCGCAGUUCUAUGCCCAGAAGCGACCCGCACACUCAGUGUCUUCGCUGCUUGGGUGAGACUCACGUAACUGAUUGCUGUAAGAUCUGUCAGUCGUUCAAGCCUCAAACGAAACGUGAGAGAGAUAUCCGGCUCCGGGCCCUACUAAUGGAAACCGCGUUGGCCCUGGCACCGGCACGCCUAUCGGACUCGGCAGCGGGUGCCUCAUCCUUGGUGCGGAGCGAGACGCCCUCCACCAGUCGGCACCACUCACCCGCUAAGAAGCAAGGGAAGACUCAGCGUUGCCGACAGGACAGGGGUGAGGCCGGAUCCGAGUUGGGCAGCCCGUGAUCCCCCUCGGGACCCAGACCUCCGACUCGCGCUGAGCAGAGUAGUCCAGUCCCGUCUCCGCGUGCCUCUCCCGCGGUGAGAAUGCCAUCGACGCCGGAGGCCGCACAGGCCGCGUGUAACAUCCUCUCCCUCCUGGUGCCGGGUGCGCCGCAUGAGACGGGCCCCCAGUCCCGAGGGAAGCUGCUGUUGGGAGCACAUCAGCCCUCUCCGGCAAUAGACAGCCUGCGCUCCGAGGACCAUGCGCUGCCCCGUUCGACGAGGUCCUCACAUAGCUCGCGUCAGCCCUCCGCUCCAGUCAGGCUGGCUGACUCGCCUGAGCGGGAGUCUCGAAGGUCCUCCACUCCCCAUCGGGAGCGCAGGCACCGAGACAAGCAGUGUCGACGCUCCUCUUUGGAUAGGAGCUACAGGAGCAGAUCCCGAAGCCAUCAUUAUGGACGCUCGGGCUCGAGUGCCCACUCUGCUAGACACCAUAGACAGAGCUCUCCUCGGGCAUUACUGGCACCGAAGUGUCGAAGCUACGAUCAGCGGGACGACUCUGAGAGCAGCACUUCAGUCGAGUACCGCUUCUCAUCGUCGUCGAGGUCCAGAUCUCGAGGUCGGCACCAGCACGACCAUAGACGCUCCCAUCGCUCCUACGGCACCGUGCGGUCAAUGGCGACCUCGGCCUCGGCACCCAGCUGCCCAUCCCCAAGCUGCACCGGGCCCCAAGAGCAGCCUGCACCACUCGACACCCAAGCCAAUCAGUGACAAGGGGUACUGCAAUUGCCUGCCCAGGUGAGACCCUGCUUGGUAGCCGGGGCGUCCCAGACCCAUUCGGUGUCCCCCCCUCGACAGAGUCAGAAGUCGAUGGGCACCGAACUGGCGGCACCAGGCCCAGACUCGGUCUUGGGAGUUGACCCAGCGGCACCUCCCGAUGCCCUGGUAGCCGGACCGGCCCCCUCACCGGCACCGGAGGAGACAAUAGCGGCACCUCCGUCCGUUAUACAAGAGGACUUUAAAACUCACCAGGAGCUCCUCAAAAGGCCUCGAAUCUCCAACUCCAGGCUGAUGAGAUGGAGGAGCUGUCGGACACCUUUUUCAAUGUUCUGUCCUCCUCGGCGCUGGGCCGUGUGGCCUUACCCCUUCAUCAAAGUGUGGCCAACAUAUCGAUUGCCCUGUGGCAGACCCCAGCUUCCUUGGUGCCCAUCUCCAAGAAAGCGGAGAAAAAGUACUUUGUUCCGGCUAAGGGACAUAAGUACCUGUACUCCCACCCGGCACCUAACUCCCUGGUGGUGGAGUCAGUCAACCAUCAUGAACGCCACGGCCAGCCUGCACCCACCCCCCAGGACAAAGACGCCAAGAGACUUGAUUCUUUUGGCAGGAAAGUUUAUUCUUCUGCGAGCUUUCAACUUUGGGUGGCCAAUCACCAAGCCCUGUUGAGCCGCUAUGAUUUUAACUUGUGGGGGUCUCUACCAAAGUUCGAGCCUCUUCUCCCGGAGGGGACAAGAAAGAGUUCAAGGCUCUGGUUGAGGAAGGGGCAGCAGGGGUGAAAGCAGCCCUCCAAGCUGCCUCAGACACGGCGGACACGGCAGCCCAUUCUUUGGCGUCAGCCAUAUCCAUGCGAAGGGUGUCGUGGCUUCUCCUGUCUGGUCUGUCUGCAGAGUCUCAGUCUCUGAUGCAGGACCUUCCCUUCGACGGGAAAGCGCUGUUUGCGGACCAAACCGAUGUUCACCUGCAUGGGAUGAAAGACUCCCAUACCACCCUGCAAAUUCUGGGCCUAUAUGUCCUGCCAGCGAAGGACAAACCUAGGCCGCAAACCUCUGCUCCCCCCGCUAGGGGUAGAUAUGAACCCCCUCCUAAGCGACUGAGGGAGCACAGACGCAGGUCUCAGCGUCAGUCCCGCGACCAGGCCCCUCGAAGGGCAAGAGGCAAGGGAAGAGGCGGUUUUGACUCUUUGCGGGGAGCCACCGGACCUGUUGCCACGGACGCCCCCCAGUUAAUAAAGUUUGUGUUCUGCAACCGUUUAUCUGCGUUCCA